CAUAACAUUGACUCUCCGGGAGCUCUCCGCACGUUUGUUUUUGUGCUUAUUCAGGCUUUGUUUUCUGUUUUUGAGAAUUAUCUGCAAAUAUUAAUGGUAUAGUACAAUGACCAAUUUUACCACUGAUGCAAAAAUAUGCUUAGAGCGCGAAGUGGAAGUUCGGGACACGUACGAUGAGAUUAAAGACAUAAGAAAACAGUUUGAUGUUGACGAUACUUGCAAGUGGAUUUCUGAGAACAACUUCGAAAGGGUUUGCCUGCAGUUUCCUGAUGAACUACUAGGAGUCAGUGCAAAAGUAUAUGAAGAAAUAAAGAGUAAUGUUGAUGUCGACCUUUACAUCCUUGGGGAUACCUCAUAUGCAUGCUGUUGUGUGGACUCAGUAGCAGCCAUGCAUGUGCAGGGCCACGCGGUGGUGCACUAUGGCCGGACAUGCCUGUCCAAGACUGACAUCCCGACACACAUUGUGCUUCCUAAAAGAGAUUUGGAUGUUGAAGAGGUCAUGCUGGCUCUUAAGAACCGAUUUGAAUCUGAUGAUGAUGUAAAGCUUUGUCUAUAUUAUGAUGCUGAGUUUGAGCACUGUGUGGAUACACUGUCAAACCACUGGUUCAAACAUUACCCUCACAGCUACAUAGCUCGCGUAGAGAAGGAAGACAAACCCAACAGAUACCUGGGAAGAGUUGUAUUUAAUAUUAAUAAGGAAGAGGUGCCAAUUGAGACUAUCAAACAUUGCAUUUGUGUGUAUUUGGGAUCCAGAGGACAGACUGUAUUUAAUUACACCAUAUCUGUUGAAGCUUCCGAAUGGUACUACCUCGAUCCAGCUUCUUCUUCCAUUGAGCGCAUGGACGAGACCACCUGGUUCAAGCGCAGGCGAUUCCUCGUAGAGAAGUGCAAGGACGCCAACACUGUGGGCAUCCUUGUCUGCAAGCUGUCUGGGGAACAGACCAAAGACAUCAUCUGUCGGAUGAAGCAGCUAUGCAAAGUGAAUGGCAAGAAAAGUUACAUUGUGUCUGUCGGGAAACCAAAUGUGGCGAAGCUGGCUAACUUCCCUGAGAUCGACAUUUACGUCAUGAUAGCGUGCCCAGAAAACGACCUCUACAGCAAUCGAGAUUUCUACAAGCCAAUUGUCUACCCCUUCGAGUUGGAGGUGGCUCUGAACUCGAACCGGCCUCCAUACUUCACCACACACGUCACAGACUUCGAUGAGCUUCUACCUGGAAGAAGGUACUACUGUGACGUCAGCCAUGUCGCAGACUCAUUCGACGUCAGCCUCAUUACUGGCAAGAUUAGAGAAACUAAAGUCGAAGCAGAUGACACUACCAGUACGGACCUAGUGGAGAAACAAAACUGGGCUCUAGAGAAUAUUGGGAAAAACCUCCAGCAGAGAUCUUGGACAGGAUUAGAGCAGAAUCUAGGACAGACGGAAGUGAAGAAGGCGGAAGAAGGAAGGAAAGGCAUAGCGUUACAGUAUAGUAAUGAGCCGUAAUGAUUUUUUAUGUUAUCUUUUAUUUAUUUAAGGAAUAUUUACAAUUUAGGGUACAAAUUUAUAGUCUGUGUAAGACUGAUGCUAUAAGGGAUAUAAAUAAUAAAAUGUUUUAUACAUACUAUCAAUAAAGAUGUUUUGAAUUUAAA